AUGUCAAACGCGAACUUGAGCCUGUUACCCGACUGCCUCGACGAUCCCACUCUCAGUCCAAUUGCGAGGGAUCUCAAGCGGUAUGACCAAGCACGGGUAGCGGCCGAAGAACAGACUCGUCAAGAGGCUGCCAGAGAAGCGGUUCAGGGAACUUGGUUGAGAUCCACCGAGAAGGAUUUAAAGAGAUGCUGUGAACGGUACCAGGCUAGCGACGAAUCCUCAGAGCGUUCCACGUUGAAGGCCUACAUAAAUGCAAUUGACAGGAAAACUCGGUGACCAUCACGUGUCUCUGGGGACGUUUGGAACUGGAGAUGCUGUGGCGGAACGGAAGAGGGUGUGCACGCUUCUCGGCCUUCUGGACCAGCGCCAACAGCACCUAGUCACGAGUGUAACAGAGAGACUGCUACUUGCCAAUCAGGACGGUAACGGUGUUGAUGCCGAAGAAGAAGAAGAAGAAGAAGACCUGAGUAUUUUCGUUGACACCUAUUCCAAGCUCAAGCGCUAG